AUGCCCCGGCAUGUGAUCCAGGCUCAACCGCAGACGAAGCGCUUCCAGGAGGCGGGGCAAUGGAGCACAGGGCUGUGUGCUUGCCAUCAAGACGUAGGAGACUGUUGCUUUGCCCUGUGCUGCCUACCAUUUUUCACCUGUAAGGUUGCGAGUAGGGCGGGAAUUUGUCCGCUUCUGCCACUACUGGACUGUUUUGGCUGCGUACCCCCAGCUUCCCUCGCAGUGAGGGCCACAGUCAGGGAACGAUAUGGUAUACAGGGGAGCGUGUGGGGUGACUGCCUGCUCGGAUGCUGCUGCUACCUGCUAUCUUGGCUUCAGAUCUCCAGAGAAUUGAAAAGAAGAGCUGCAGCUCACGCCUCUUCUUCUUCACCCUCCUCCUCCUCAAAUGGAUACAUAGCAUUGAAUCCCCUGCAGGGGGCGCACUUGGUCUGA